AUGGUUGUACUCCAAGCUUAAGGUGUGUUCUCUGCAGUUUGGUGUUGUACCAUAUGUUAAUUUGGUUGUAACCAUUAUCCAUUUACAUACACAUUUAUUCCUAGCCAAACACACAUGUAGAGAGAGAAUGGGAGAAACCGAGAGGCAGCGUCCCCAUCCCACCUUUUGUGGUAGCGCAGCCACGGUGGAGCUGUAGCGGAGUCACGGCGGAGAUGUGGUGGUCACGGCACCGCCAAAAUCCAAAUAGAAAAGCUCACAGCGUUAUCUACUUCGUCAACAACAACCCAAGGGAUGGUUUUCGUCUGAGAUUAGGGCUCCAACAGACCAGAGCGGAGCUGGAGGAGAUUGCUAUUUCUGAAGCAGAUGUUGCUCGGUUGAAAAAAGUUGUGAAAUUGCAUCAACAACCUCAUCAACAACGCCACAAUUAUCUCCAUGGCUACCUUUCUGAUGCUUUUGAUGGACAACAACAUCUCCAUAACUAUAAUUCUCAUCAGUGAGUUAUUUUUCUUAAUAGAAUGGUUAGUUUUACGACGGAACAUAUCAACUUUUAGGAGGCGUUUUAGCGUUUGGAUGUGCUUUAAGAGAGUGAUUAUGUCAUUUACUUAAUCAUAACUGGAAAAUCAACUGCAGUAAAUCUGUUAUAAGAUAGAGUGUUUUGACCUUUGUUGAUGUUUUUUUGGAUUUCAACUUACUGAUGUACUCAUUAUAAUAUUUGAUAGGAGAGUUUUUCAACAAGAUUUUGAUUCUCAAUUGUUUAUAUCAACCAUGAACGAAAACAAAGAUCAGAGGUAAAUCUACUCUAAAUAUGAUGUUGAUUUCGAUAUAGAUCAGUAUGAAUGGGUUGAUUUAGGAUGUGUUUUGAUUCUUAACGGGACAAGCGAAACUGGGUCAAAAGUCAUCCGAAGUGUACUCAAAUACUAAACCCCCAAAAACGAAUCCGUGAUACAAACUAAAAAUCACUCUCAGAGUUCAGCAGCUGGAUGUCAAGUGUGAGACUAAAACAAAGGAUAAUGUGUUCGUCAAUGUUGUCACUUCCAUACAAUACCGGGCUCUCGCUAAUAAAGCAAGCGAUGCUUUCUAUAAGCUCAGCAACACCAGGUCCUAAAUCCAAGCCUAUGUGUUUGAUGGCGAUGUCUGCAUACGGAUACGAGAUAGUUCAGACAUUGAUCGUUGAUAUAGAACCCGAUGAGCAUGUUAAGAGGGCAAUGAAUGAGAUCAAUGCUGCUGCAAGGUUGCGGAUGGCAGCUGCUGAGAAGGCGGAAGCUGAGAAAAUUCUGCAAAUCAAGAGAGCCGAGGGGGAAGCGGAGUCCAAAUACCUGUCGGGUUUGGGUAUAGCCCGUCAACGGCAAGCCAUUGUGGACGAAACCAUUCAACAUUGAUUGACCUAGGUGGAAUAUAACAAACAACUAGCGCAACGCAGCGGGUACAUCUUCUAUUGUUCUUAAUUUGUAGGAUUCAUUUCACUUUUUCUGUCUGAGUCUUUUCUGGUCCCUUUGUUAGUCUCUGUCUGUGUCUUCAUUUAACCGUCAAGAUACAACCUGGUUGUGGUUGUUAAUGUCUUUACAUUGAACAAUUGUUUUUUGUCACACACAUUACAAUGUAUGUCCGCUCGUAUCGACUACACCGACUACAUGUCAAUUUGGUUCGCCGCCGCGUCGCAACGCGCGCGGUCCGGUUUUCUAGUUUAA